GGGUGUGAAAAACAGAGCUCCAGGCAGUUACAGAAACAAUAUUCCCAGACGUGGAAAUAUGGCCAGUCGACGCAACCGUGUGAUUACAGAAGUGGAUGUGAGGAGUCAUGAAAACAACCUGAUCCACCGCACCAGGGAGAUUGACAGGGAGCGUCUGAUCGUUCGCAGAGGGCAGCCCUUCUCUGUAACUCUGCAGUGUACUGAGCCUCUACCCCCCAAUCAUUAUCUGGAACUGGAGCUGCAUGUGGGUAAAACAGACAAGACUCUGAUCAAGGUCCAGAAGCAGCAGGGAGCUGGAGAGAGGUGGUGGUUCGACCACCAGGGUCUCCAGGAUGAGGUCCUGCUGACUCUCCACAGCCCAGCGGACGCUAUUAUUGGACAGUACAGUCUGGUGGUGCUGCUGAUGUCUCCUGAAGACCACAUUAUAGAGAAAACAGACAAAAUCAAGUUCCAUUUACUGUUUAAUCCAUGGUGCAAAGAUGAUGAGGUGUAUCUCCCUGAUGAGAGCCUGUUGCAGGAGUAUAUAAUGAAUGAGAAUGGAGUCAUAUACCUGGGAUCCAAAGAUUACAUCAACAAACUUCACUGGAAUUAUGGACAGUUUGAAGACUACGUAAUGGACAUCUGCUUUGAGAUCCUGGACAACUCAAAUGAAUCACUAAAGAAUUAUCAACUGGACAAUGAGAGGAGAGCAGAUCCAGUCUACAUCUGCAGGAUCAUCAGUGCCAUGAUUAAUUCCAAUGGUGACAGAGGGGUGUUACUCGGCCGCUGGCAGGAGCCCUACACAGAUGGGGUCUCUCCCAGUCGCUGGACGGGCAGUGUGCCUAUUCUACAGAAGUGGAGCAAGGCCAGGGCCAGAGCGGUCAAGUAUGGACAGUGCUGGGUGUUUGCUGCAGUGGCAUGUACAGUGUUGCGUUGUCUUGGCAUCCCCACACGAGUCAUUACUACCUUUAACUCAGCUCAUGAUGUCGAUGGGAACCUCUGUUUAGAUGUCCUUUACAAUGAAAGACUGCAGAGAAUAGACCAAGGAAAACAGGACAGCUGCUGGAACUUUCACUGCUGGGUAGAGAGCUGGAUGAAGAGAAGUGAUCUGCCCAAAGGAAAUGAUGGUUGGCAAGUACUGGACCCAACCCCCCAGGAGCUGAGUGAAGGAAAGUUUUGCUGCGGCCCAUGUCCAGUGGCAGCCAUAAAAGAGGGAGACCUGUCAGUGAAGUAUGAUGCUCCAUUCAUAUUUGCUGAAGUAAAUGCAGAUAUUGUGGAGUGGAUAGUUCGCAGUGAUGGUCAAAAACAAAAGGUCAAAGUGGAUGAGCGGUAUGUGGGAUCAUAUAUCAGCACAAAAAGUGUUUGGAGUGACCAGAGAGAGGAUGUGACUCAAAAUUACAAAUAUCCAGAGGGUUCCAUACAAGAGAGAGAUGCUUAUAAUAAAGCCGGACAAAGAACUCUUGUUCCAACUGAUGAGAGGACUGGACUUGACAAUCUGGAGCUGACCAUUAAACAUACAAAACCAGUGUUUGGGACAGACUUCGAUGUCAUAAUUGAGGUGAAGAAUGACGGCAUAAAAGAAGUUCAAGCACAGCUCACAGUCCUGGCUUUAGCGAUGACUUACAAUUCCAUCCACCAGGGAGAGUGCCAGAGACAGAAAGCCAGCAUCUCCCUCCAUGCUGGCAAAGUCCACAAAGAGGUUUUGCGUCUGCGCUAUGAUGACUAUGUGAGGUGUGUUUCUGAGCAUUACCUGAUUGGAUUGAAAGCGUUCCUGGAAGUGCCCGGGGAAAAUGAGCCUAUCAUGAAAACAGCAAACAUCCCACUGAGCAAGCCUGAAAUCCUGGUUCAAGUGCCUGGCAAAGCUGUGGUACUUGAGCCAGUGACCUGUAUGAUCUCUUUCACAAAUCCUUUGCCUGUGUCACUGAAAGAAGGAGUCUUCACAGUGGAGGGAGCAGGUCUUUUGGCUGCCACUGAAGUCAAUGUGAAAGGGGACAUAGCUCCAGGCCAGAGGGUGUCUGUGAAGCUGUCUUUCACUCCUGUGAGGACCGGAGUGAGGAAACUCAUGGUCGACUUUGAUUCAGAUCGACUGAAAGAUGUGAAGGGAGUUGCUACUUUGGUUGUCAGAAAGAGAUACAGUCCUAUGACUGUGAGAUAUUUUUAACAUGUUUUAGAUUUGUAUUAGUAUUGAAAGCCUAUUAAUUUUUUAAUUAUUUGUGCUUUUUGAUCAAACUGAAAAUAAAAUGCAUGCAUGUUUUUGCU